GACGUCACGCCGGAUCUUCCUCGGUGUGUCCGCCGCGCGCAGUGUAGCUCUGUCAAGCACUGUGGACGGGGUCCGUGCAGGCGGGCGAUGGCGAGACGGCUGAACGAAGAGGAUCCGGAAGAAGAUAAUACAACUCCAGCACGUGCAGCAGCUGUAUUACCACCGCCACCGCAGCCAGCGUCGGCAGAACUGCACCAGUCAGCAGCACCACCGACCCUUAUUGUUGCUCUGUUGCCAACGCCUUCAUCACUAUGUCUGGAUCCAGAGGCAGAAGAGCCAGCUGCAAAUACUCUGGCCUCAACCACACUUCCGCAAACUUCAUACGCAGCAGCUGUGUCUGAACUAGCAACAUCUGCAGCUGCUUCAGCUACACCAGCUCCAGAUAAGAACGUGAGCCCCCCGCCAGCGACACGCCGGCCAAGUAUUCUGACGUCACACUACCUGGUGUUUGGGUUCCUCGCCUUCGGAGUGCUGGUGCUCAUCGGGAGCCUGGUGUUCACCAUACUGUCGAGUAAAGAAGCUGGACCCGACCCCGCCGAGGAGUGGAGCGUGGUGCCGCGCAGCGACUGGGACGCCAGGCCGAGCACCGCCGUGGUGCCGGUGAGGGCGCCCGCCCAGUACGUCGUGGUGGGCCACGCGGGGACCGCGCGGUGCGCGGCGCGGCCGCAGUGCCUGCCGCUGGUCCGGGAGCUGCAGGCGCUGCACCUGCAGCGCGGCUUCUCCGACGUGGCGUACAACUUCCUGGUGGGCGGCGACGGCGCCGUGUACGAGGGCCGCGGCUGGCGCGUCGAGAGCCCCCUGGCGCCCGCCGGCCUGCGGCCCAGCCUCUCCCUGGGGCUGCUCGGCGCCGCCUCCAGCCCGCCGCCCCCCGCCAACCAGCUGGCGGCUGCCCGCAGGCUCAUCCGCGUGGGCGUCGACACCGGCUACGUCGCCGCCGACUACACCCUGCUGGCCGAGUCUGUGACGGACGGCGACGAGCUGGUCCGGGAGCUGAGAACGUGGCCCCACUGGCCCGCGGGCUCAUAGCGCUGCACCGAGGCUGCCGCGGCUGAGUAAACCGCGAAUCUCACAUGAAGCGCGACGGGCCUUCGUUUCGGAUCUCCAGAUACGUCUGCUCUGGCUCGGCAUACACCGCAACGUGUUAACGAGAAAGACUGCAUUUUCUUAUGCUGACAAAUUAGAAGGAGCCAUCUGUUUUCCUCGGUAAAAGCUUUCUAAAGCCAAGAUCGCGCAACUAUUUCCUUGUUUACAAACAACAGGUUUCGGCAAAUUUUUCUGUCAUCUUCAGGUCUUCGAAAAUGUAUGUUAUAAAAUGUAUUCAUUUUGAGUUGGACCUCACACCAACGUAGAUAAAAUGUAGCACAUAAACGUUUACAUAAAUAAAACAUUUAAUAUCAAGAAACACUUUGUGGACAUGUUCGUGUAAGUAGCACGUACAGAUGAUUGUUACGUCAUAAAAAACAGACUACAAAAUAAAAUGCAGAGCAGCACAUCUAUUAACGUUAGCUGCACGUGUUCUAAUCGCUGAAGAUCUUCAAUCGUUGAGGAUCUUCGAACACUGAAGAUCAUCAAUGAUUAGAACAUGUCCAGCGAACGUUAUCACAUGUGUUACUGGGCAUUUUAUUGUGUACUUUUUAUGACGUAACAAUCAUCUAUGAGAGCUAUAUACAGGGUGAGUCGCGUAAGACGUAACACCCCCAUUAUUCCGGGGGCGAUUGCACGUAUAGACAAGUGGUGUUCGGCGAAUCAUAGCCGACUACACGGCACAUACUUUGGUACAUGCACAAUAAUCACAACGUUUAUAUUGACCGAGAUAAUGAGUCAAGUACAAGUUUUUUUAAAUGGGACGCUGUACUCCUUUUACCAUCAUUCGAACGCUCUGGAAAAGACGCGUAUAGUGAUGUAACGCAUAUUGCUAUUGUGAUUCAAAGUUCGCUUAAAAGACGCUGGGAAAUAUUGUACGGUCGGAAGCGGCUGCAGACCGUAAACACGCCUCGCGCGACACGCGGGCCGAGUUGCCGUGCUCUAUGCAGCAUGCACGUCCUACGCUACGAAGGUAAAUCCUCAUCCGCCCCCUUUUAAGCGGAGUUUGAAUCACAAUAGCAACAUGUGUUACAUCAGUAUACGCGUCUUUUCCAGAGCGUUCGAAUGAUGGUAAAAAAAAAGUAUAGCGCCCCAUUUAAAAAACAUGUACUUGCCUCAUUAUCUCGGUCAAUAUAAACGUUCUGAUUAUUGUGCGUAUACCAACCAUGUGCCCCAUACUCCGCUAUGAUUCGCCGAAAACCGCAUGCUGAUACGUCCAAUCGCCCCCGGAAUAAAGGGGGUGUUACGUCUUACGCGACUCACCAUGUAUAUGGACAUGGCCACGUGCACAAAGCGCUUCAUGAUUUUAAAUGUUUUAUAUAUGACAAACCUUUAUGUAAUGUACUACAUUUUAUCUACAUGACAACUUGGCUUGAGGUCCAAUUCAAAAUAAACGCGUUUUAUGACACAAAUUUUUAAAGACCUGAAGGUGACAGCAAAGUCUGUCGAAACCGGUUGUUUGUAAAGAAAGAACUAUUAAUCCGCUCUUGGGUUUAGAAAGUUUUUAACGAGGAAGAUGGCGUCAGGAAUCGGUCCGGUACGUUCGUGGCUGCAAGGGCGACAUCUUAUACGUUGCUAAACUAUUAGCUCUACAACAGGAUACAUGAACCUUAUUCUGGCGUGCCUUAAAUCCGAAAAUCACUGUGCGUUCGUGGCGACGUACGUUUCGAUCACUAUAGCAGGUAGUUCUCAGUGUUAGCAGGCCACGUCGCUGGAUGAACGCGCUUCAGUCGUGUACCCUCCGAAGCAGUGCUUUAUUGACACCAGACUGACUGCUCCCCUUUGCGAGGGCUUUCCUAUCGAUGCCACGUGCACAGAGACAACCAGAGGACUGUCAUCGACCACGAGGUGCAUACAGUGUCUGCAGUGGCAAGUGACACUCACCGCACAGUGUCCAAACUCCGAUCACUGUGCUACACGCGACGACGUGUUUCUGAAAGAUCUUCACUUGUCCUUCUGAAAUCAAAUUACUAGUGCAAAAAUGAACAAAGAGGAACGACAAAAUAGAAUACUGUUAAGGCUUUCGUGGCCACUUGUUGACAAACUGCCAGUUUGCUUCCGCCUCGGGUUCUUCACCCGACGUUCGUUUGAUGAUUUUUCUGAGUGGCUGGAGUGUCAAAGCUUCACCCACCAGGAAUGCAGGCUGAAGCUUUGACAAUGCCAGCCACUCAGAAAAAUCAUCAAACGAAUGUCGGGUGAAUAACCCGAAGCGGAAGCCAGUAGGCAGUUUGUCGAAGGACAAAAUCAUUUCGAACCAUUUGUACAAUGUAUGACCAGAAUUAAACUGCUGCUGGAUUUGAAAGUCACUAA